GUUAGACACAUUCGGCUUCCAAGAUUUUCGGAUGCUCCACUCAUCGGUCGAUUGCAUUGUUACUGAAACGGGGAGUAUUCAUAAUUGUUCAAUAUGUCCGAGGACAAUCCUCAGUAUGAUGAUGUCGUUCCACCAAGUACAAACAAGCGACAGCGGACUGCGGGGAUGUAUCGUCGGAAAAGGGCCGUAGCCGCAUGCCAACAAUGUCGUAUCAGAAAGACGAAAUGUGACAAUAUUCGGCCGGUUUGCGGAUUCUGCCAAAAGAACCAGGGUCAAUGCAUCUACCCGGACGGAGGUCCCAAUGAUUACUCUGCAUUUGACCCUGCAAGUUUAGCCAUCCUAGAUCGAAUCAAUUAUGUUGCGAAUCUGUUAGAGACAGGAUCCCAUAGUGGGAACGCGGGGCUACCAGGACCCUCUUCAACCUCACUACCAAUUCAUGCCCCUUUAGAAGCCUCUACAAUAGGCACAUCACAACCAGUAUGUGAAGAUGACGACUUGAGUUGCUUAGACGAUCCAGAGUUUGCAGCUGCAACUUGUAGUUGCGAGAACAUCUUACGUUGGCCCAUAUUCGGAGCGAUAGCAUCAAACGUUCGCUCCUUUAUUUUCGACUUUGAGGACUCCCUCAGUGAGACUCGAAGCUCAGAGCCGGGAAGACUCGGUAGAGGGGUGCAAGAAGAUGAUUUCAUCCCCUUGUCGAAGAAGUUCUUAGCUUUCGUCCAUGUCAAGAAUCCAAUACUGGACCUUCCAGACUUUAGGACAUACGUUAAGGACGUCUCGGAGAGUGGUCUUCGGUGGGAUGGUCAGUCUUGUUUAGUGCUUAUCGCUUGCGCACUCGCCUGCUUGUCAUCGCCAUUCCAGAGAGACGUAAUGACGAACGGAACCCCGGAUUCCAGCAGGUCGUUGUCCGGCGCAAGUGUUGAUCCAGCCACGGCAUCUUCGUAUUACCUCGCUGCCAAGAAACGCAUUGGGCUAUUAGAGCCAUCUAUUCUUCAAGUGCAAUGCUUGUUUCUAUUCGGUGUUUUCGAGAUGUACUCACUUAGACCGUUACGAGCUUGGUCUUAUUUCAAUCAAGCAUCGGUUAGCUUCCGAAAUCUGGUUUGGAUGCGCACACAAAAGGGGGCGGGGGAUAUGCUCGAGAAACAAAGACUGGAACAACGACUUUAUUGGUCGUGUAUGAAAUCCGAGUUAGAGCUCCGAUCCGAGCUACCCCUUCCAUCAAGUGGUAUCACACGCUUUGACUACCCAGAUCUAUUUCCGAGCCCACCCUCGGAACUUGCUUCACCCGCCGCUGAAUCGCAAGGUUUUGACGGACUUCCGCCGGACAUCGAACCAGAAGAAGAGCGAAGUUGGUUUUACUACCUUGCCGAGAUAUCCUACCGGAGAAUGAUGAAUCGCGCGUUCGUCAUUCUUAGGCGAAAUGGAGAGGAGAGCUGGAUUGGAGAUAUAAAGGGGACAAUUCAACACUGUGAAGACCUUGACGAACAGAUUAAAGUGUGGUGCUCUCAUAUUCCGCCCCCUAUCGACAUGGACAACUGGGAAGUCGCAAAUAACGAGCUUGCACACUAUGUUAGGAAUAGGAUGUUAUCAAGCCGCGAAUGGAUCCGUAGGCCUUUAGUCUACUACCUCAUUCAUCAACCCCCAGAUGAUCCGUAUGCUUCCAGAGUUAGGCCGCUCGCAGAUACUUGUUUGAACUUAUGCGUGGAUCUCCUCCUGCAAGUCGACUACCACCAUCGUCAUCAUGGUUCUUGGUUUGUAGCGCGGACUUCAACGGCCCGUGCUUUCAUAUUACUUGCAGCUGCGCGAAACGGAAGAAUAUCCAUGCCGCUUCGAUGGAAGGAAGCUGUGAGUGUCGCUAGGAAUAUACUGCAAUAUUGGUCCAGUGAAGCCCCUGACCUUCAGCGCGCAGCUGUUGUUCUAGAUAAUAUUGCAGCAGAUAUAGGUCUACAGCUCGUAAUAGACGGAUUAUAAAUAAA